AAACAGAAAGUGAAAGUGAAAUUAGAAGAAAUCCUGCGUCAGAGCACAGGAUAAAGAUACACACAGGACGGUUGUUUGAUAGAUCCAAACGGUGUUUUCCUCUUCACUGAUCUCUCUUAUAACAACAUGGACGGGUCAAACAGAAGAAUUGUCAUCUUGGGAAAAACUGGAGUUGGAAAAAGCAGCCUGGCUAACACCAUAUUUGGAGAGGAACUGUUCGAGAUCGAUGAUUCUCUCGACUCUGGAACAAGAAAAUGUCAAGUAGAGACCAGAUCUGUCAAUGGAAGAAGCAUCACUUUGAUCGACACUCCUGGUUUCUUUGACACUGAUAGAUCUGAGGAGGAGCUGAAGUCUGAGAUAGUGAGCUGUAUCAUAAAGUGCGCUCCUGGUCCUCAUGCUUUUCUCAUUUUGCUUAAAGUAGAGAAAGUCACAGAGCAUGAGCAGGCUGUCAUCAACAAAAUAAGCCAAUGCUUUUCUGAAGAAGCUUUCCAAUAUGCAACAGUUAUCUUUACUCAUGGUGACCAGCUCCGUAAAGGACAGAAAAUUGAGGAUCAUGUCCAGAAGAACGAGUUCACGAGUGAUCUGGUGAAGAAGUGCGGAGGCCGUUGCCAUGUCGUUGAUAAUAAAUACUGGAACGAAAACCCAAAGGAUGAAUACAGGAGCAACAAGUUCCAGGUGGAGGAGCUACUUAAGUCAAUAGACAAGACGGUGAUGGAAAACAACGGGAGCUGCUACACCAAUGAAAUGCUACAAGCAGUGGAGGAAGAAAUACAGCGAGAGAAGAAGCAGAUUCAACUGUUACCAGGAGACAAGUCAGAGAAAGAGAUCAGAGAGCAGGCUGAGGGCAGAGUAUCCACAAAGCUUUCGGUCAGAUUAGCAGGUAUUGCAACAGGUACGUUGUUAGGAGCUUUAUUUGGUGUGGUAGUGAUGGUUGAAUUAGUUGUCGUAGCUUUAAAGAAUAUUGCAGCAGGAGCAACAGCAGCAGGAGGAGCAGCAGCAGGAGGAACAGUAGGAGGAGCAGCAGCAGCAGCUGUUAUAGGGGCAUCUGCUGUGCUGGGAGCAGUGAUAGGAGGUUUUAAAGGCUAUAAUGCAGCUGAGGGAGCAGACACCCCGCUGGAAGCAGCACUGAAAGCAGCAGGUGCUGUCAAGAGUGGAGACCUGCAUGUUUUAGAUUAAGCAAAUGAUGUUAUGGAAGAAAUAUUUUAUCCAAAGUCAAAACAGAGUUAAAACCUUUAAGGAGCUCUGACUCUCGAAGAAGCAGGAGAAAUUCUUUCUUUAAACUAUCUCCAACCACUGAGCUGGUUGUGUAUUUCUAUUUUCUGCUACUUUGUACUUCUACUCCACUAAAGUUCAGAGUCAAAUAUUGUACUUCUAUUUCUUCUAUUAUUUCUUCUAAAUUUCUAUUUAACUUAGUAUAACCAAAUUAACAAUACGAAAUACAAUUAAAAGCAUGAUACAAUAUUACAAAUUAAGAUAAAACUAUGUUAAUCACCAUGGGGACAUUCACAAGAUAUAAUGUAGCUAAAAUGUCCCUGAACUUUACUAACUUCAACAUUAAAGUGAUGAUUACACAUUGAUGCAUUAAUAAUUAUAAUCCAAUCAUAUACAUUUUUCUGAAAUUGGUAAUUCUGCAUAAUGAGUACUUUUACUUUUGGUUAAAAAAGUAGCCUAUAUUUUUAAACACAUCUACUUCUGCAGGGUGGUGCGGUGGUGCAGUGUCUCACCAUUUGACAUUAGUUUUGUUUGUUAUUUACCCAAAGCAUUAGGCUUUAAUUAUCCUAGACAAGCAAGCCUGUUGAUUAUCUCCAUUCUGGUCAGCGACCCUGUGGUCGCUCAAGUGGUACAAGACUGUGCUUCAUCUUCUCCAUGGCUGAGGUGUUGCCACCCCAUCUCCUUUGUGCUUUGAUAAUACAGUUAAAAAGACAACUGCAGUAUGCCUCUGUUUCUCCUUCUCACCUUGUAUUCAGUAGCUAAAUGAAAUAAGUGGUGAAAAUGCACUUUUUUCUUUACUGCCAAUGUUGACUGUGAGUUAAGGUUACCUCUUAUUCUUUAGACAACGUGAUAUCCAGUCUUUUCCGCAAGUUUGCAGUUUGCCGUUUAUUUCUUGCGACCACUUACAAUAAAUAAUACGUAAUAUAAAGUAGAAUAAACAACAUAAUCUGAGCACAGUUAAAAA